GAAAGCUGUUAUGCAAUUAGUAGUUGCAAGGCGGCCUCGUUUGUACAACCCAAUUGCAGCGCCACAAAAGUUCCUCACAGCUGCACACUGCCAAGCUUCUCAUUUCGCCGCCGUCAACGGAGAAAAAGCACCCACCGCGCUACUGAAGCUUUACCGCACGCCGUUCAGUCCGUCGCCCGCAUUCUCCUAGAGCAAUACUGCAGCAUCGCACCACUCAAACACCGGAGUAGCGUCGUUCUCCACCGCUCAGGGAAGAAAGAACCCCUUGCUAAACACACAAUCACCUACUUGCGUUCUCUCUUAGGGUAGCUUUUGUUGUAGUAAACAUGACGCCGGAUCCAAAUGCAAGUAGUAGCGGCACGGUUCCGUCCAAGGACUCCAAGAAGAAGAAGGACGAGAAAAAGGAAGAAGAUCUGUCGGAUGAGGAUUUGGCGUUGAAGCAGCAGUUGGAGUUGUAUGUGGAAAGGGUACAGGAUCCUGAUACUGGGCUGCAGAAGGUUGCGCUUGAGAGCAUGAGGCAGGAAAUUCAAACCUCUACUAGCUCUAUGACCUCUGUCCCAAAGCCAUUGAAGUUUCUUCGUCCACACUAUGGAAUUUUGAAAGCAUAUUAUGAAACAAUGCAGGAUUCAGAUUUGAAGAAGUACUUAGCAGAUAUACUGUCAGUUUUGGCGCUCACUAUGUCUGCGGAGGGUGAAUGGGAGAGCCUAAAGUACAGAUUGUUGGGUUCAGAGGGUGAUAUUGGCUCAUGGGGUCAUGAAUAUGUGAGGAACUUAGCUGGAGAAAUUGCACAGGAGUAUGCUCAGCGACUGGACGAAGAAGAUCCGAUUGAUGAUCUUAUGGAGCUUGUUGAACAAAUAGUUGCUUUUCAUAUGAAGCACAAUGCUGAACCUGAAGCUGUUGAUCUUUUAAUGGAGGUUGGCUACCUUGUUCUUUUAAUUGAGCAUGUGGACAGUAUGAAUUUUAAAAGGACGUGUCUCUACCUGACCAGUUCAGCAAGAUACCUCCCUGGCCCUGAUGAUAUGUCGGUCCUGCAUGUUGCCUAUAUGAUUUAUUUAAAAUUUGAGGAGUUUCCAAAUGCGCUUCAGAUCGCCCUAUUUAUGAAUAACAUGAAGUAUGUGAUGCGGGUAUUUACUUCGUGUGAUUGUCUGCUACGAAAGAAGCAAUUCUGUUACAUACUUGCUCGACAUGGUAUUUCAUUCGAGCUGGACGAUGAGAUGGUUGCGGAUGAUGAUGACAGAGAGGUAUUACAGGAGAUAAUAAACAACAGCAAGUUAAGUGAAGGCUAUCUUACACUCGCUCGAGAUAUUGAGGUCAUGGAACCCAAAUCUCCUGAAGAUAUCUACAAGGCACACUUGCUUGAUGGUCGGGCUAGUGCUGGUGCAAGUGUUGACUUGGCUAGACAAAACCUCGCUGCCUCCUUUGUUAAUGCUUUUGUAAAUGCUGGCUUUGGUCAGGAUAAGUUGAUGACAGUCCCAUCAGACAAUUCUAAUGGUGGUUCUUCUUCUAAUUGGCUUUUCAAAAAUAAAGAACACGGGAAGACUAGUGCUGCAGCAAGUCUUAGUAUGAUUUUACUGUGGGAUGUUGAUGCUGGGCUUGCCCAAAUUGACAAAUACUUCCAUCUAAGUGACAGCCAUAUCAUUGCUGGCGCAUUAUUAGGAGUUGGGAUUGUGAAUUGUGGUAUCAAGAAUGAUUGUGAUCCUGCACUGGCACUUCUGGGUGAUUAUGUAGAUAAAGAUGAUUCAUCCGUCAGAAUUGGUGCAAUAAUGGGCCUCGGAAUUGCAUAUGCUGGUUCCCAAAACGAGCAGAUACGGAUUAAAUUGGCUCCUAUACUGAAUGAGGCUAAAGCUCCCCUUGACGUAAUUGCAUUCACUGCAAUCUCUUUGGGCUUGGUAUAUGUGGGUUCCUGCAAUAAAGAGGUUGCUAAGGCAAUUAUAUGUGCAUUGAUGGACCGAAGUGAGUCAGAGUUAGGGGAACCCCUUACUCGCCUUUUGCCUCUUGGCCUUGGUCUUCUAUAUCUCGGAAAGCAGAAACAUGUGGCGAAAACGGCUGAAGUCUCUCUGACCUUCAAUGGAAAAAUUAGAAAAUACUGUUACAUGACACUACUUUCCUGUGCAUAUGCUGGAACAGGGAAUGUUCUCAAGCUUAUCUUUUUUCCACAGGUUCAAAACCUUCUGAGUCACUGCUCACAACAUCUUAACAAGGGUGAAACCCACCAGGGUCCUGCUGUACUUGGAAUUGCUAUGGUGGCAAUGGCUGAAGAAUUGGGGCUUGAGAUGGCAAUUCGUUCGUUAGAGCAUCUUUUACAGUAUGGCGAACGGAACAUUCGUCAAGCCGUUCCUUUGGCUCUUGGUCUCCUUUGCAUAUCAAACCCUAAGGUUUAUGUUAUGGACACAUUAAGCAGACUUAGCCAUGAUACAGAUUCAGAAGCAGCAAUGGCUGCUGUAAUUUCCUUAGGUUUGAUAGGUGCGGGUACCAACAAUGCUCGAAUAGCUGGCAUGCUUCGCAAUCUUUCAAGCUAUUACUACAAAGAUGCCAGCCUUCUUUUCUGUGUUCGAAUUGCGCAAGGUCUUGUACAUUUGGGGAAGGGCUUAUUAACUCUUAAUCCGUAUUAUUCUGAACGGUACUUGCUAUCCCCGACGGCACUUGCUGGAUUAGUAACCAUGCUGCAUGCAUGCCUUAACAUGAAAGCCAUCAUUUUGGGGAAAUAUCAUUAUGUUCUCUACUUCCUUGUUUUGGCGAUGCAGCCAAGAAUGUUGAUGACUGUGGAUGAGAAUCUCAAACCUCUUUCUGUACCUGUUCGGGUGGGUCAAGCAGUCGAUGUCGUUGGCCAGGCUGGUCGUCCCAAGACCAUCACGGGUUUCCAGACACACUCAACCCCUGUUAUUUUGGCUGCUGGUGAUAGGGCAGAACUGGCUACUGAGAAAUACAUUCCUCUGUCUCCCAUUCUUGAAGGCUUUGUCAUCUUGAAAGAGAACCCAGAGUACAGAGAAGAACGUUAGAGCUGUGUUAGAAGACAAGUGCACAAGAAUUGAGAAGAUGAUUAAUGGUUGACGUAUGAGGGACUUGGAACCAGAUCAUCCGAAAAAACUGAUGACGAUUUGCUAGUAUUUGUUGAAAUGGUGCACGUAUGUUCUACUCAUAGAAAACUAGUCUUCUAGAAUUAGGUGUUUUGAGAAAGAAGAAAGAAAGGAAGAUCUCUUGUUUUUGUUUUAAAAGUCAUCUCAUGAGCAGCCCGGUAACAUUUGUUGAGCUCCUUGGUCCUUUCUAAAAGAAAACGCAAAAGGUAUACUAAUACAAAGUAAUUCAAGUUGGUGGGAAUGGCUUCCUCCUUGUACAAGCACACGGAGCUUAGUAAAAUAGAACUGUGGGUUGUGCAGCUUGCUUGACGUAUCCUUUCUUUUCUUUCAACCUUAUUAGUGUUAAUAGUUAGGAUGGACCGGUUAAUUUCCCCCUGGUUGUUGAUGUAGUUACUUGUAGUUUCUUUGAUUUAUUUUCUAGCCCAGAAGGAACCCUAUACGCCUAACAAAUGCAAGUUGGAUGUUGUUUUCCGGGAGCUAAAAAACUAUUUAUGGAGUUGGACCUAAAAAAGCUAUCCAGGUUCGUUAUCGAUUAGGUAUCAGUGGGAACAGAGUAGUGAUAGAGGUUACGCGGCAUGCGUGAACAGUAAUGCACACCGCUGACGUGGCACAUGCCACAUUAGAUAAAAAGAAAAAAACGUUUUUUAUUUUUGAAAACAGCGCCAGCGUCAAAGACUCAAAUCCCUCCCCCCAUUUCAGUCUUGAACCCCUGCCCUCAAAUUUUCCCCCAAAUUUUCCCUCCCUCCCCGUACUGCGAGACGCUUCACCACCGCCGGAAAGCUCUCUUUUUGUUUGAGCGUACCCAGAUGAGAAAAAGUGAAAGUCCAGCUUCUUCUUUCACCCACGUGAUUUCAACGUGUUGAGUGUUGAGCCUUAUGGGUUUGAAUUUCCUUGAUUUCUUCUGUGUUUCCAAUUUUUGUUUGGUUUUGUGUGUGAUUUCAACGUGUUGAGCGUUGUUUGGUUUUCCCACAGCUCUCUCUCUCGCGCUCUUCUUGUUUGAGCGUAAACAUUUAAGAUCAAGCACAGAUCUGGAUCAUUCAUUAAGAAAUCUCCCAGAUUCGGGCUUAAGAAUCUUUCAUCUUGUUUUUCAUUUCUUGUUUUGCUUUUGUCUAUUUGCCUCAUUUUUUAUGGUGAUCUAGUUUUUUUGAAGGUUUCGGUAGAAGAUUUCAAUUCACCACUAAGGUUUCAAAAUGGCAAGCCACCGGGUUGCCAUCAUUGCUUUAUUUGCCAAAGAUGUGUUCUGAAGAUGGAUCAUCUGUGUGUUUGGGUAGUGAAUUGUGUUGGAGCGUGCAACUAGUAGUUUUUCUUCUUUUCUUGGUGCUUUUCUGUUGAACAACACUUCUAUUCAGAAAGUUCAUGGAGAUUUCUUUUGACUCCUCGAGAAGAAUCCAGUUCCAACUGACUAUAAAGGAUUAAUAUGGAUGAUUGCUUGUUUCCUGGAAAAGAAUAUAGUGGAUGUGCCAUGUCUUAAACAUGGUAAUUUUGCUCCACAAGUCUAACUGGUUUUCUCUACAAUGCUCAAGCAUGCAGAUGUGAGUAAAGAAAGUACAUGGCAUAGACUUGUGAGACAUUACUUGAAUGGUACAAAAAGGAAUACCGUGAAUGCAAUUCGGAUGGCCUUUCAUAUAAUCUUGAAUUGUUAUGAAGCUAUUUGACUGAACUAUGGCAGAGGCAGAAUUGUCUAGCAAUUUCAAGCACCAGGGAUAGGGAUGUUUAAUUUUUUAUUUUGACAGCAUUUUUGCUAUUAGUUUAAAGGUUGGUUGUCGCUGGAUUUAUUGAGCUGAUGGACUAGGCGCUUCACCACCCAUUUAUCUUUGUAAUUCCAUUUUGUCAAUCCAAUCCAAUCCAUAUCUUUCCAUGUCUCA